AUUCCAUUCCCCCGCCGAUCACAACCCUGAGGCUGUGGACAACCAAUUGAUCCGUCCACUAAUCAGCUUAAGGGACCAUCCCUAACCCACUCUCAGCCCAGUCUGCUGAACCCCGAUUUUCUUUCAUUCCUCCCGCAUCGUGUUGACAUUAAAUCCGACUUCCGAGUCCCAGCUCAUCUUUUGCCGGUUGAUCUCCACGACAACCUCUCACAAUUAAUUCGUUCCCUUCCCCCUCUAUCCGUUCUCUAUUCCUCCUUCCAUAUCUUUUAGCUGUCCAUCUCAUUUCCAUUUCUGUCUACAUCCCCACGCUCGUUCGGUUUGUUGAUCUCACUCACUACAGCAACACAUCGGCGCAUUCGCCAAGACUGCUGCGCCCCAGCCAAGCGUCUCGCCGUGGCGUCUCUAGUUGACCGAUUGCUCGCUGCCUGGAAGGAUCCCCCUAUCAUUCGCUUGCAUAUUGCGUGCUUGUACCGUUUGCCGUGAGGUGCGGAAGAGCGACUGCCGCCCAGAAUCAACCAAGUCGCCUUGUUUAUAUCGAACUUGGUCAGGUGCAUUGAAACGGCGGCCUCGCUUUUAUUGUUGUUGCCUGAUGCUUUUGAUGUUACUCAGUCAAGGGGACCUCUAAACUUUUCCGCGCACUACCCUGCCUUACAGCCUAUCUAUCGGUCGGAUUCGAUCAAUACUCUGGGUGUUAGCCACCAAGAGCGGCUAUGAGGUUGUUUAAACAAUCACUUUGGUUUGCUACCAGUGCAAUCUCACUCCUUGCAGCUCACGCAGAAGCUCGGUCGCAGGAGCCAAAUGCUAUUCAGCGUGUCUCGACUCUAGAUCAUCCUAAGAUCCAUACGUCCGCGCAUCAAGUCGAUCACCUUUCUCAUUUCGAUGUCACGUUCAACCUGCGUGACAAAAACCAACGAAUAAAACUAGAAUUAGAACCGAACCAUGAUAUUCUAGCGGAAGACGCAUAUGUACAGUACCUAGACCGCCAUGGAAACAUUCAACGUGAAGAGCCAAUCGAGCGACAUGAACACAAGGUCUUCAAAGGCCGUGCGUUGGUUGGGAGGGGCAAAGGCAUGUGGGAUCCUGUAGGAUGGGCCCGGAUAUACUUGAAAAAUGAUGGGUCACAGCCUCUAUUUGAAGGAGUCUUCAGCGUCCACGACGAUAAACAUCAUGUCGAGUUGAAAUCAACGUACCUGCAAAACAAACGUCAGCAAGAUGUGGGCAUCCCAGACCGGAAAGGAGAAUACAUGGUCUUCUAUCGAGAUUCCGACAUGAUCCGGGAACUACAUACCGACUUGAAGCGCUCAUUCCCCGUUUCCUCGUCGUGCCAAGCCGACAAACUUAGCUUUAAUGCCGACCCAAGUCACCCGAUUCUCCAAGCCGAGGAGGACAUGAGUCAAUGGGGUGCGAUGUCUCUAAAUUCGCUGUUCGGACUUACCAAGCGGCAAUCUGACACUGGGGGUGUGUCGGGCAACAGUGGUGGUGUGAGCUUGAAGUCGACCAUUGGUGAUACGUCUGGUUGCCCCGACACCAAGAAAGUCGCGUUGAUCGGUAUCGCUACGGACUGUGGCUUCACCGGUUCGUUUGAUGACAAAGAAGCCGCCCAGAAAUGGAUCAUAAAUACUGUCAACAGCGCAUCUAAUGUCUACGAGAAAUCCUUCAAUAUCUCCAUCGGCCUACGCAACCUAACCAUCACCGAAAAGGAUUGCCCAGAAACUCCUCCCGCUUCAGCAGAGUGGAACAUGCCGUGUUCCGAGGGGAAUAUCUCAUCUCGACUGGAUAAGUUCUCCAAGUGGCGUGGGCAGCAAAAAGAUACCAAUGCUUAUUGGACCCUCAUGAGCAACUGCCCCACAGGCAGCGAGGUUGGAUUGGCAUGGCUUGGGCAGUUGUGUAAUGCAGAUGUUGUAUCAGAUGCCGCGAACGCAGUCAGUGGUACCAACGUCGUUGUACGCUCUUCAGGUGGCGGAUGGCAGAUCUUUGCCCAUGAAUCGGGUCACACUUUCGGAGCGGUUCAUGAUUGUGAUACCCAGACAUGUGGGCAAAAUCUUGAGGCGUCAUCGCAGUGCUGUCCUUUGACUGCAUCCUCCUGUGAUGCAAGGGGGCAGUAUAUUAUGAACCCGACCACGGGCACAGAUAUCACAGAGUUUUCCAAGUGUACAAUCGGAAACAUUUGCUCGGCCCUGGGUCGCAACAGCGUCAAGUCCAGUUGCCUUUCCGACAACCGGGGAGUCACCACCUAUACUGGCCAUCAAUGUGGCAAUGGCAUUGUUGAGUCCGGAGAAGACUGCGACUGUGGCGGGGAAGAAUCCUGCGGAGACAAUAGCUGCUGUGAUGCCAAAACGUGCAAGUUCAAAAGCGGCGCGGUUUGCGAUGAUGCCAAUGACAGCUGCUGUUCAAAAUGUCAAUUCUCUUCUGCUGGAACCGUCUGUCGAGCCAGCCGUGGCGAAUGCGAUGAGGAAGAAACGUGCAGCGGCACUUCGAGUACUUGCCCUUCUGACUCUUUCAAGAAAGAUGGAACGAAAUGUGGUGAUUCCUCGGCCGGUCUAACUUGCGCCAGUGGACAGUGUACUAGUCGAGAUUACCAGUGUCGGUCCGUCAUGGGUAGUUUGCUGCAUAGCAACGAGACGUACGCUUGUUCUGCAUAUGGCUCGUCCUGUGAAGUGGUCUGCUCCUCUAACACAUUUGGUCAAUGCUACGGCGUCAACCAGAACUUCUUGGACGGCACCCCUUGUAGCGGUGGUGGCCAUUGCAAGAACGGAAAAUGCGACGGUUCUAGCGUCAAGGGCUGGAUUGACGAUCACAAGAACCUAGUCAUUGGCGUUGCGUGUGGUGUGGGGGGGCUAAUUGUGCUGUCAAUCCUGUGGUGCUUGAUCAACCGCUGUCGUCGGGCACGACCGACAGUAAAGCCCAUGCCACCACCUGCCGGUCCAUAUGGACCCUGGGCUCGUCCUAUGCAGCAACCGAUCCCAAUGAAUCAGUGGCCCAAUGGGCCGCCGCGUGGAUAUCAGGGGCUUGCAGACCCUCCGCCGCCAUAUCCGCCCCCAGCAUAUGGUAAUCAAGCACCGCGAUAUGCUUGAUUGGGUUAUGUAUGUUAUAUAUACAUUUACACUUCAUCUGACACGAAUUCUCAUGACGAAUCUGCGAACAUUGCAUCCUGGUGGCAUUCUUUCUUUCAGUUCUCUUUUGGAUCCGGCGUAAGUAUAGUAAUAUGUGGCGGCACCUGCAUGCUACAGGGAAGACUUCGGUGACAUGUCUUGUUUGCUUUAUACUAUUUUUCCCAUCCCCUACCGCUCUCUCUCGGUAUUCAAUGGUCUUGAGCUUUGGUGUUCUUUCCUUGUCAUGUUUGCUAUCGGGCUGGCUCAUUAAUGGUGCCCUUGUAUAAUUGAGACGCGCACUCCUUUGGUGCUGGGAGUGUGAUAAAUAUUGAUUGCUGUCACUUAUGAGCCAUCGUCAUUAGAAGACGGAGCAACUGCACAUCUACAGACACAAGUUUAUAAUAGCACCAAGUUCUCAAUUACAAU